AUGGAACCAGAAACAGCAGAGGGAGCCUCUUUUGUUGUUUCUUCUGUGAAAGAAGUAGCAAAGGAGGCACUAACCAAAGUUCCAGAGAGAUAUGUUCGUUCAGAUAUUGCUAUUAACCCUCCAAUUUCAUCUAACUCGUUGCCUCUGCUCCCUGUUAUCGACCUGAAUGAGUUAUUGUGUGAGGAUGUGAAGGGUUCUGAACUGGAAAAGCUAGACCUUGCAUGCAAAGAGUGGGGUUUCUUUCAGUUGAUUAAUCAUGGAGUUAGCAUUGCAUUGGUGGAAGAUGUAAAGGUUGGUGCUCAAGAACUCUUCAAUCUUUCAAUGGAAGAGAAAAAGAAGCUUUGGCAGAAACCAGGAGAUAUGGAGGGAUUUGGUCAAAUGAUUGAUGUUCCCAAAGAUGAGCCUUCAGAUUGGGUGGAUAUGUUCUACAUUUUAACUCUUCCAUCUCACUUAAGAAAGCCCCAUCUAUUCCCUAAUCUACCACUGCCAUUCAGGGAAAAUUUAGAGGCAUAUUGCAAGGAGAUGAAAGAGGUUGCAAACAAGAUUUACGUUCUGAUAGGAAAAGCUCUUGGCAUAGAAGAAAAGGAAUUAGAGUCAUUAGGGGAAGGAGGGCAAGCAAUAAGGAUGAAUUACUAUCCACCAUGUCCUCAGCCAGAAAAUGUGUUAGGCCUGAAGCCUCACACUGAUGCAUCUGCACUCACUCUUCUUCUCCAAGCCAAUCAAGUGGAAGGCCUCCAAAUCAAAAAGGAUGGAACAUGGCUUUCUGUUAAACCCCUCCCUAAUGCUUUCAUCAUUAGUCUUGGAGAUGUUUUGGAGGUAAUGACCAAUGGGAUAUAUAAGAGUACUGAGCAUCGAGCAGUGGUAAACUCUCAGAAAGACAGGAUAUCAAUAGCUACAUUUUGUGGCCCAGAAUGGAGUAGAAACAUAGGCCCAACACCAUCUCUUAUUACUCCAGAAAGACCAGCAUUGUUCAAAACCCUUGGUGUAGCAGAUUUCUACAAGGGAUACCUGUCACCUGAACAUCGUGGGAAAUCAUAUAUAAACAAUGUUUUGAGGAUCCAAAAUGAGAACAUCAAAGGCUAA